CUUUGCAAACAACAUAUAAUAAGAAUAUUUUUCAAUGUUCUAAUAUUCAAAAAUAGUAUUAUGGAUUCUCAAUUCUUCAUUUUCCUUCUCCUUCUUCAUGCUGUUGUGCAAGGAAAGAUGGACACAGAAACAAGGUUCGAUCAAAACUAUGAGGUUAUUUGGGGUGAUGAUCAUGUUGUGUCUUUAAACCAAGGGAGACAAAUUCAGCUCACAAUGGAUAACUCUUCAGGAUCUGGAUUUGGAUCAAAGAUGGCAUAUGGGUCUGGAUUUUUUCAUAUGAGGAUCAAAUUAAGUUCAGAAGGAAGUAAGCAUGAUGAGUUGGAUUUUGAAUUCUUGGGCAACAGAGAAGGGAAGCCAUAUAGAUUACAAACCAAUGUAUUUGUAGAUGGCCAAGGGAAUAGAGAGCAAAGAAUUCGUCUUUGGUUUGACCCUUCUGCAGAUUUUCACAGUUAUAGAAUUCUUUGGAACCAACAUCAAAUUGUAUUUUACGUGGAUAACGUGCCCAUUAGGGUGUACAGGAAAAAGACAAAUAUUGGGGUGGGAUACCCAUCAAAGGCAAUGCAGAUAGAAGCAACUUUGUGGGAUGCAGAAAGCUGGGCAACAAAUGGAGGCAAAACCAAAACUGAUUGGAGUUAUGCACCAUUCAAAGCUAAUUUCCAAGGUUUUGAUGUCAGUGCCUGUCAAGUUUUAACCUCAAAUGCCAAAAAUUGUUCUUCUGAUAACUACUGGUGGAAUAGCCAGAAGUUUUGGCAGUUGGAUCCUUUAAGACAAAGUCAAUAUGAACGUAUCAAACAUAAGUAUAUGACCUAUGAUUAUUGUACUGAUAGGAAACGCUACCCUGAGAUUCCCUUGGAGUGCCUUUAAUUAACUCAUGUAUAUGUUUCAAAAGAUUGAAUCAUUUGCAACUACUGCUAUUGGAAUUGAAAUAGUAUAUCUUUUCAGUGAA